AUGCCUGUCGCUCACGCAAGUCGAGGUAUACCAUACCACCCUGUAUGCGAUGGACAGCGCCCCUCGUGCUCCUCGUGCCUGACCCUUGGCUUCGACUGCAUGUACGAGCCUGGUGACUCUGCCACCAAUGUCAUUGUUCGCAAGGACUACGUCACCGACCUCGAACAGCGUGUCAGCUCUGUCGAGCAUAAUCUCCAGCGAUUGAACGAUGUCCUCAAGGGUCAUCUCUCGCCUUGCACUAACGCAAAUACCUCUCCAUGUCACCAUGGAAACAUCAACGUUGGUCAGUCUAUGCCCUCACCUGCACCGACUGCGCCGACGAAAGCGUCAGCGCCCUCCGGAGCAGGUACGGGGACUUGUGCUACGAGCCUCGAAGAACCUCAGGACGAGGAAGGCAUCCCCAAUGGAAUGGCCAUGACGUUUGUCGAGGAAAAGACAUCGGCGUUUUAUGGCGAAGCCUCCAACAUUAACUUUACGCAACUGCUUCUCCGCGCCAUCGCGGUCGCGCACCACUCACCGGGCGCACCGUCGGGGCUCGACAGAGCUUCUGUCUUGGGAGAGAGUGUUGUAGCUAGUGUCUCCCAGAGCAAAGGUUCUGUAGGAGGCACAGCGACGCCGAUAGACUCACUACCUACCGCCCUGCCAUCUGUCGAGGAGAUGGACACUCUGCUCGAUCUGUACUUUGAUACAGCUGGCGUUGUCUUCCCCUUCAUCCACGAGGAAACGAUGAGGAACACAUACAAUGAAUGCAGACUCAACGGCUUCACGAGAGCUCGCAGAACGUGGCUUGGAACUCUGAACAUGGUAUUCGCCAUGGCGAGCAACUUUGACAGGGACUACACCACAUCGUCCAAGAAGCGCUUCGAGAGGUCCAACAUCUUCUACAAAAGAGCCCUGGGUCUCUGCAAUGAGCUAUCCAAGCGCGUCAUAAGUCUUGAGAUAGUUCAUUAUCUGAUCUUGGUCGUUCUUCACUGCCAGGGAACUUCACGCUCUGUGCAGGCCUGGAACAACUACGGCCUCGUUAUUCGAUCAGCCAUGGCGCUGGGGCUUCAUACCGAGUCCACUGAAAGGGCGCUUGAUCCUGUACAGAAAGAGUAUCGCCGCCGGACUUGGGUGGUCAUAUACUGUCUUGACAAGGUACUAAGCACAGCUGUAGGGAGGCCCGCGAGCAUACCAGAUGAGCAGAUGAUAAGGCGAGAGCUCGCAUCUGGAUGGUCACCAGCAAAUUCUGGCGAUGCCACUGAUCUACCAGGCGAUUUCUUGGCCGUGUCUUUCAAGAUGUAUCAGGUGAUGAGCAAGUCUCUGGUCAUCCAGUACGGCGCAAACCUCGACCACGACUCGGAUCCCGACGAAAUGGCCCAUCUCAAAGCCUCAGGCGAGCUCCGCAAGCAACUCCGACUCUGGGCGGCGAAUCUUCCUCCACAUCUUCAAUUAUGCGAUGCCGAGUCGGAUGCUCUUUUGCAAAACACAAAAGCGAACAGGCUUCGCGUGAUUCUCACGAUGAGGUAUCAUAAUCUGAGUAUUCUGAUACAUAAACCACUGCUAAGCGCUACGAUUCGACACUUGUUCCGACAUGGUGACGUAGCGAAUGACGGUUCAUCGUACUUGGUACAGCUCGCCAUGGCGGAGGCGCAUGAAUGUGUUCGCUCCGCACAGCUAACAAUUGACAUUGUCCAUUCCGUCAUCAGUGUAGAUGCAACGAGCAAGAAUAACCUCGGAGUAUGGUAUUUCACGCUCUACUACGGUAAGCUUACCUCUUAA